GUUACUGUUGGCAAAAACGCGUAUCUAACGGCCACUCUACUGGAUAUACUUCAUCAAGUAAAGCCACAGGGUACUAUUCCUCGCAAUGGCCCGGGAGCUCCUGAAAUUAACCAAGUCGUAACCGAGCUCAGGGAAUACCUCGUCACAAAGAGCUAUUUCAUCUUAAUUGAUGACAUUUGGAGCAUCCGGGUAUGGGAUAUUCUUAAUUGUGCUUUGCCUGAGAAUGAUCUUGGAAGUAGAGUAUUGAUCACAACUUGCAUCAGCGAUGUUGCCAAAUGUUGUUCUAUGCGCCCCUUUGAUGCCAUCCACCAGAUGGAGCCUCUUAGCGAGGAAGACUCAAAGACAUUAUUUCAUGAGGAGGCAAAAAGGCCCGCUGCAAAUGAGUUGUUGAAAAUGUGCGGUGGCAUGCCAUUGGCAGUAAUUGUUGCAGCCGGCAGGAAAUCUGCAGGACUAGCUGAGUCAGAGAUCGGUGAGCGAUGUAUCCUUUCGACAUCAGACCAAUAUUCCACAUCAGAUGGGAUGAGAAUGAUAUUGCAAAUGAGCUAUGAUGAACUGCCUGCUCCCUUGAAGUCUUGUCUUCUAUACCUUUGUGUUUUCCCAGAAUAUUAUACCAUCAAGAAAGAGCGUUUGAUACGGCUGUGGAUCGCUGAGGGAUUUAUCUUAGGAAGAUGUGAAGAAAGCUUGUGGAGGACAGGAGAAAUCUAUUUCAACGAGCUCAUCAGUAGGGGGCUGAUUCAGCCAGUGUUUGGCUACGAAGAUGGCCAGGCUGUGGCGUGUACGGUGCAUGGUGUGAUCCUUGAGUUCAUCAAAUCUUUGUCUAGGAAAUACAAGUUUGCUACGACGGGUGCAGACUUGAGGUCUGGAGUAUGUCCUUGGUACCCAAUUCGCCAUUUCUCAGUCGAUUACUGCAGUAAGCAAGAUGAAGUGAACACAUUGGACUUAAGAACCCUGCACCUUUCUAGCAUGCGGACCCUCCAAGUCUUUGGGCCUGUUGGGGAUACUGAGGGGAUCCCUCUUCUGUCAACCUUCAAAAAUUUACGGGUACUCGAUCUGGAAGAUAAUGACAAUUUGAGAAGCCACCAUCUGAAAGGCAUUGGAGGGUUGGUUCUGCUAAGGUACCUGGGGCUUAGAGGGUCUGCUAUCCGUGCAUUACCAGACGAAAUAGGAAAGCUGGAGCACUUGGAGACGCUAGAUGUCAGGCACACUAACCUGAGAAAUCUGCCUGCAUCUAUAGUUGGAUUGGAAAGGUUGGUAUGCCUACUGAUUGAAGAUGCCGUGGAGAUGCUGGGCAAUAUCCUUGUAAUGCAAGGACUACAAGAAGUAUCAACGAUCAGGGGGUCGACAACAUCGAGUCACUCCAUGAGGUGGUGGAGCUGCUGGCUCGGUCGGAGAGGCUGAGCAUCCUUGGCUUGAGCUUUGACGGACUAAGCCCAUCUCUGGACAGUGCACGUGCAUUCACCGAUUUAUUGAGGGCGGUUGGACAGUCUAAACUUCGGUCCCUAUCUCUGCAUUGUCUUCAUGGUGACUGGAUUGGCCUACUGGACUCGAGACCAUACCAGCUGCGAAGAUUUGAGGUGUCUAUACCUGUUCCAGUCUUGGAAAGUACUGUAUUUAUUAUUCCCUGCUGUAUCACCCACUUGAAUAUUGAAGUGGCUCAGUUGGGAGAGGAAGGUCUCAUUGUGAUCGCGUCCAUGCCCCAGCUUGUCCUUCUCAAGUUAGCAUCUUCAGGACCUGCUGCUGCCAUGAUGGACACGGACACAUCCUUACGAAAACAGAGAAGAAGAGCGAGAAUUCGGAGCGGAGCCUUUCUGUGUCUUAAGGUGUUCUGGUUCACAUGCAAGGCUGGUGGGAAUGAGGUGCAGUUUGAUCCAGGAGCCAUGCCACAGCUGCAGGGGCUGCGGCUCCACUUCAACACUCUAGAGACGCUGUCCCUUUAUGGAGAUUUUGAUUUUGGCAUUGAGCAUCUCUCUAGUCUCAACAGAAUCCAUGUGACCUUCACAUGUGAGGAUACUGCCGCUCCAGAGGUGGUGCAUGCAGAGGCUGCCAUCAAACAGCAAGUAUCUCAGAUCUCCUCCGCCAACACACCAACAAUAGAGUUCAGCAGAGAGAAACCCAGGAUGCUCGAGGAGAAAAAGAAGACGGUGGCCAUGAUCAAGAAAAGUAGCUUCAGUAGAUGGUUGAGGGGAAAAAGGAGAGGAUAGGCCCGCUUACAGAGAAGGAACACGAUCACUCUGCACGAAAUGAUGAUUGUAUUUCUGGUUAAGCAAGUGGCGAAAUAUCAACCGUUGAGGUGACGACUCCCAACUUUGCUUUGCCUGUUUUGUUUGUGAGCUUUACAAUUUGUAGGUGUCUUUUCCCAUUGUGUGCAAAGUUAUUUCCAGCUGACAUGAUGGUGCAUGAUUGAUGGACUAACUCAUGGUAAUACUAUAGUAUAACUCUAUGCAAGCGUAAACUUUUUAACAAAUGGUAUUAUGGUAUGUA